AAGGCGGAGCCAGCGGCGGCCGAGGCUCCCGGCACCCGCUCGGCUCCCGGUCUGGAGCUGAGAUUCCGGCGCGCCGAGAAUCCACAGGCAGAGAUCUGACCAGCACAGACAUGCCGGUGCUGUCCGAGGACUCUGGUUUGCAUGAAACCCUGGCACUACUGACCUCUCAGCUCAGACCUGACUCCAACCAGAAGGAAGAGAUGGGCUUCCUGAGGGAUGUUUUCAGUGAAAAAAGCCUCAGCUAUUUAAUGAAGAUUCACGAGAAGCUUCGCUAUUACGAGAGGCAAAGUCCAACCCCCGUUCUGCACAGCGCUGUGGCCCUUGCCGAGGAUGUGAUGGAGGAGCUGCAGGCCGCCUCCAUGCACAGUGACGAGAGGGAACUGCUCCACCUGCUGUCCACCCCUCACCUCAGGGCCAUGCUCAUGGUACAUGACACGGUUGCCCAGAAGAAUUUUGACCCCGUUCUCCCCCCUCUGCCCGAUAAUAUUGAUGAGGAUUUUGAUGAAGAAUCAGUGAAGAUUGUCCGCCUGGUGAAAAACAAGGAACCCCUGGGGGCCACCAUCCGGCGGGAUGAGCACUCAGGGGCUGUCGUGGUGGCCAGGAUCAUGCGAGGGGGCGCAGCAGACCGGAGCGGCCUGGUCCACGUUGGAGACGAGCUCCGGGAAGUGAACGGGAUCACGGUCCUGCACAAGCGGCCUGACGAGAUUAGCCAGAUUCUGGCGCAGUCCCAGGGGUCCAUCACCCUGAAAAUCAUCCCAGCCACCCAGGAGGAGGACCGCUUGAAGGACAGCAAGGUGUUCAUGCGGGCCCUCUUCCACUACAACCCUCGGGAGGACCGGGCCAUCCCCUGCCAGGAGGCAGGCCUGCCCUUCCAGCGUAGGCAGGUCCUGGAAGUGGUGAGCCAGGACGACCCCACGUGGUGGCAGGCCAAGCGAAUGGGGGACACCAACCUUCGAGCUGGCCUCAUCCCCUCCAAGCAGUUCCAGGAAAGGCGACUAAGCUACCGGAGAGCCACGGGCACCCUGCCGAGCCCCCAGAGCCUCAAGAAGCCCCCGUAUGAUCAGCCUUGUGACAAAGAGACCUGUGACUGUGAGGGGUAUUUCAAAGGACACUACGUGGCUGGUCUUCGGAGGAGCUUCCGGCUGGGCCGCAGGGAGAGACUGGGAAGCCCGCAGGAAGGAAAGACAUCCGCAGUGGCCGAGUCUCCGGAGCUGCCGACCUACGAGGAGGUGACCAGGUACCAGCACCAGCCCGGCGAGCAGCCCCGCCUGGUGGUUCUGAUCGGGUCUCUGGGAGCCCGACUGCACGAGCUGAAGCAGAAGGUGGUGGCAGAGAACCCACAGCACUUUGGUGUUGCCGUUCCACAUACCACCAGGCCCAGGAAGAGCCAUGAGGAGGAUGGGGUGGAAUAUCACUUCGUCUCUAAGCAAGCAUUUGAGGCCGACUUGCAUCACAACAAGUUCCUGGAGCACGGUGAAUAUAAGGAAAACCUCUAUGGAACCAGCCUGGAAGCCAUUCAGGUUGUGAUGGCCAAAAACAAAGUGUGUUUGGUGGACGUGGAGCCAGAUGCACUGCCACAACUGAGGACCUCAGAGUUUAAACCCUACGUUAUAUUUGUAAAGCCUGCAAUUCAGGAAAAGAGGAAGACGCCACCCAUGUCCCCAGCUUGUGAGGAUGCAGCAGCCCCACUUGAUGAGGAGCAGCAAGAGAUGGCCGCCUCUGCUGCCUUCAUAGACCAGCAUUACGGGCACCUGGUAGACGCUGUGUUGGUGAAGGAGGACCUCCAGAGUGCGUACAGCCAGCUCAGAGUGCUCUUAGAGAGGCUGAGCAAGGACACUCACUGGGUACCUAUUAGUUGGGUCAGGUAACUGUAUCCUAGAACAUCCAGGUUGGAGGGGACCUGGAAGACCACCUGGUCCAGGCUCCCCCAUGUUACCAUCAAGGAAUCUCAAGCGAGAGGGGCAGAAUUUUCCAUAAACUUCAUCAUCAAGAAGAGUCUAUGUGGGGAGUCUUGUUUGUUGCUGGUUUUUGUCUGUGGCUUUUCACUGCACCCCUUUGGAGCUGAAAAUACAAGUCGAAAGGGAGCAUAUCACAAAAUAACACAUGUCUUUCAUUAAAGUAUCACAGGCAAGUUGACCCUGAUUCUCUGUACCAAAGUUGAGUAGCCACUGUCUUUUGGAGGGUGGUGGUGGUGAAUGUAUACAGUACCAAUUUGCAGAGGUAUUUAAGCUUUAUAA